AUGCCUUUCUUCACCUCUCCCAAUGCCUUCCACAAUGCCAAUUUCAUGGCAACCUCGUUCUCGAAUCUCAACAUCCCCGCGGUCCCCGGCAUGCCGUCUCAGCCUGCAAUGAACCAAGCCCAGUUGUCUUCUGGAAUGGCAACUCCACUUCCUCCGCACUCCUCACAUCCCGCGCUACCUCAUCUCACUAUGCUUGUCUUCGAAGCGGUCUUAGAGGUGGUUUGUGUCAGCUUGCCCGGCUAUAUUAUAGCCCGCCAGGGCAUGUUCACGGCAGAGAUGCAGAAGUUUGCUGCCAACCUCAACGUCACCACUAUUAAGGGACUACAUUGGAACAAUGUGCCUGGGGACAACGAUGACGAAGUUGCGGCCCGCGGCAUACUGUACUUGUUGAUCUUUCAACAGCUUGGACAAUUAGUCAGAUGGAGCUGGGGCUACAACGUCCUGCUUGCGCCAGCGGAGAAGAAUUGGGGGGAAAGCGAGCCUCUCAUGAGGGGAUCAUCGACUGAUGGAGAAGGAGAUGAGCAGGACGUCAGCGGCUCUGAUGAUACCAGGGUCGAAAGCCGAAAGGCUGGCAAGGGAAAUGCAAGCGGCUCCCAAUACGGAUCCGAAUUCAGGUCAGGACAGCAGACGCCGGAGACGCAUCGGCAACAUACCUCUUCAUUCUCCACAGCAUGCUCGAGUGGCGGUCUAAGCAAGUCUGGACCAGACCCUGACCUUUUGCCAACCCCAGCCAACGGUAACAUAAAACCUGCAGGACGGAUGAUGUCUUUCCCUUCAGUAUGGUCAAAAGCUGAUCCGAUCGACGGGGAUGUCCCACAAGGUCUGAAAGGGAUUCCAAUGCGAUGUCGAACGGCAAUGAAGAAAGCCACUUGUACAUUUUCCCGUUUCAUUUCAAAGACCUCCGGGUCAGCUUUCGGGGCCUUGCCAGGUCCAUUGCAAAGGUGCACGACCAAGAUUGCAACUGUGGUUGGAAGACUCUUGCUCGGGGUCUGGUCGUUCAUGAACCCACCUCUAUGGGCUAUGCUGGUAGCAAUCGUUGUGGCCUCCAUUCCGGAUCUACAAAGAUUCUUCUUUGCGAACGGCACCUUUUUUAAGAAUUCUGUGACAAGUGCCAUACGGCAAAGUGGAGGAGUAGCCGUCCCAUUGAUCUUGGUCGUGCUUGGCGGAAAUCUAGCGCGCAAUACACUCCCAGCAGAUCCAAGCCAUACUAGAGAAGAUGAGAAAGAAGAGACGAAGCUUCUCAUCGCCUCCAUUAUCAGCCGCAUGCUGCUACCAUUCAUCAUCAUGGCUCCUCUACUGGCGGUGACCGCAAAGUACGUACCCGUCAGCAUACUGGAUGACCCAAUAUUCGUGAUUGUUUGCUUUUUGAUCACCGGAGCGCCCAGCGCACUGCAAUUGGCGCAGAUCUGCCAGAUCAACAAUGUCUACAUGGGGACAAUGUCAAGGCUUUUAUUCCAGAGCUACGUGGUUUGGAUUCUGCCAUCGACUCUGGUGCUAGUGAUGUGUGCGUUGGAGGUUGUCGAAUGGGCACAACGAUAA